AUGGCUGUGAAGCCCCUGGCCGGGAGCAGGGCAGUGGUGUAUGAUGUGCGGCCACAUAUCAUCGAUGGCCAGCUGGGCCGCCUUUCGUCAGUUGAGGAGUUGCAGGCUUCGUCUGUAAAGAGAGCGAUCCUCGCUGCCGGAGCCGCCGCAGCCUUUGCCUUUUCCAAUAGGAGGAGAAAGUCUCGCCUGCACUUGCACAGUGCCAUCUCAUGGCAAGACCUGGUAAGGCGCUCAGAUGUGCCGGAAAAACCCCGCGAAUUCUGUGCCUCCUGGGGCUGUGGUUGUGCUGGAGGCAGGAAACCUUAUCCCUACACGAAGGAGGAGGACUACUUUCGCUCCCAUCCCGCAGCCGCAGUUCUUGCGACUUGGUGCCAUGGUCUGGAGCUGCGGCCCUCGAUGUGGGCGGGGGAGCCGAGGGGCUACCGCACCCGUGGCAAGCUGGCUGUGGGAGGAGGGAGAAGUGGCAUCGUCAUCGGGCUCUUCAAACGAGGAACUUGGAAGGUGCUGCCAGUAGCUGGUUGCGUCGUGAAUCAUCCGCGCCUCAUGAUGGCGGUCCAAAGGGUUCAGCAGCUUCUCAAGCGCCUGGACAUCCGACCUUUCGAUCACGACGCCUCGCUCGAAGAUCUCGAGACUGCUGCCGUCAGAUAUCUGGAGCUGACGCUGGAGCGUGGGAGUGGUCUGGUGCAGCUGGCGAUCGUUUGGAACGGUGGAGAGCAGGUGAAUCCUCGCGUCGAAGCAUUGCUGCAAGAGCUUUGGGCAUCAGAUGCCUCCGAUCGCCACAGCUUUUGGCAUUCGAUUUGGGUGCACUGGCGCGAUCCAGACCCUGCCCUGCUGCGGGCCAUCCAUUCCAAACGAGCUGAGGCAUGGCAACAGGUCCGACCACUGCGCGGCUCUGGUCAUGUGGUGGAAUGCCUGGACGGCUUGCACUUCUCCUUUGGCCCGGCAAGCUUUCAGCAAGUCAAUCUCCAAGUCUUUGAGAAGAUCCUGCAGGACAUGAAGCUGGCAUUGAUGGAACUGCUUGGUGAUAUCGGAAGAAAUGAUGACGGCCGCUUGCGUAUUUUGGAGCUGUGCAGCGGUGUGGGUGUUAUUGGUUUGAGCUUGGCGCAUGCGGCCUCCCAGGACCUGAAGGUGAGCCUCCUGAGCACGGAUGUGAAUCCAAAUUGUGCAGAUCUUUUCCAUGAGAAUGCCAAGCGGACUUUUCCAGAGGAGCAGGACUGUGAUGUGAAAUUCUCAGCAUGCACAGCUGCGGAGGCUUUAGCUGCUCUUGCUUCAGAUGGAGCUGAUGUUCUCGUGAUUGACCCACCCCGUCGUGGCCUAGCAGACAGACGCUUGCGCCAACGGCUGGAGGGUGGAGAGGACCAAGCAGCAGCUAUUUGCAACUCUGGAGUGCAAGCCGUCAUCUACAUGAGUUGUGGGCACGACAGUUUCAUGGCAGAUGCAGAACGGCUGAUGAGCGGAACCAACGCUGGCGCCUUCCAGUUAAAGAGCCUUAGUUGCUACGACAUGUUUCCCUACACUCCGCAUCUGGAGAUCCUGGGGAUUUUCCGUCGAAACCAGGGAACCCGGCCGGCGAUCCGGCGGGAUGUGCGUGCCAACACAGUCCAGGCUCAAGCGGACCAAGGGCAAAAGCUGCAGUGCCAGUUCAUCAUUGGCAUCGAACAGGACAGGGCUUUCAAUGUCAAACAGCGCUUGCUGGGCACUCGUGGACAUCAUGUGAAGCUGAUCGCCCAACGUGCUGACUGCAAGUUGCGUCUACGUGGCUGGGGCUCUGGCUUCAAGGAGGGUCCACGACGUCGUGAGUCAAUGGACCCCCUGAUGCUGUGUAUUAGCAGCAAGAACGAGAGCAAACAUCGAGAGGCAGUGGAGCUAGUACAGGGACUGGUGGAAGAUGUCUACCAACAGUAUCGGUCCUUCAAAGAUGCCCGUGGAGAGGUGGCACCUGAGCUGAAGGUUCAAAUCAACCACGGGCCACGUCCUGGCAGUCGCACCAGAUGGACAACCUGACAGCGGAUGCAAACAUCUUGGGUUGUCUCCAAAGCGUUGGUGGGCGCUGCUGAACCGAAACAGCUUCUAGCACCAGCGAUUCCCAAGACGUAAAAGACAAGAGAGUGCUGGCGACCAUUGAAAUUCCUGGCGUGGUCAAACGACGUCAACUUGCUCAGGAGAGUCAGACUGGACAUCAAGUCGUUUGGCGGUUACAAUGAUCACCCAGGUGUCGACUCAGGAGAGCUCUUGGUGACGCUGGUGCCUUCUGGUGCGAUGUCACCCAUGUCUUCAAAUCGAUGGAGAGAUCACAUUCAGAAUCAAGGACUUCUGUGUGAUCCAGAGAG